AUGAGCUCCUGGAGACCCGGGAGCGGGGCUUUCUCUUCGCCGGGCAGAGGGUCUGGGUCGUGGCGGUGCUGGUGGUGGUGGGUUGUGGUUGUCGGGGUGUCAGUGGGCUCUGGAGAUCCGUGGAUGUCCACGGAAGCAUGCCCGUCCUCUUGUUCUUGCAGCAGCACCAGGAUAUCGUGCGUGGAUCCGGAACGGGGCAUCAAUGCUUUCCCCGUUCUGCAGAGCGAGGCAGAGAUGGAGAACAUCACCGACAUUUACAUCGCCAACCAGGGCAGCUUCUCCUCCAUCAACGACAAAGACCUGCACUACUACAAGAAUCUCAGGAACCUAACGGUGACCAACAGCAGGCUAACAUACGUAUCGAAGCUGGCCUUUCAAAACAACAUCAAGAUACAGUACCUGAAUCUGAAAGAUAACAACCUGUCAUCGCUGUCCUGGAGGAUAUUCAAACACCUCAACAUGUCUUAUCUGAUCCUGACGGGGAACCCUCUGCACUGCUCCUGUGAGAACAUGUGGAUCAAGCUGUGGUUAGGAGAGGAAGCAGACACCCAGGAGCUACGCUGCAUCGAGGAGGGAGGAGGACGCAAGCUGCUGUCCAGACUGACACUGCCUAACUGUGAGGUUCCCAUGGCAACGUUGAACCCAUCCAAAGUGACACUAAUGGAGGGGAAGCACGUGGAUCUGUCCUGUACGACCUCCGGGGUGCCCUCACCUGAGCUGAUAUGGAACAUGGCGCUGGUCUCCAACUAUGAGAUCGAGACAUCAGGCCAGAUUUCGGUGCUACGACUAUCCAACCUGUCCUCGCUGGACCACAACAGCAAGAUCAGCUGCACGGCUGAAAACAUCGUUGGAGAGAAGGAGUCCUCACUGCUGCUGGAUAUACUUUUCCCUCCCAAAAUCCUUAAACUGAGUGAUGCCAUCCCUGACCAUCACUGGUGCAUCCCCUUCAGCGUGGCAGGAAAUCCAGAGCCUCAGCUACAGUGGUUUCUGGACGAUAAAGCGGUGACAGAGGGGCUCUUCAUCAUGACCAUGAUUCACGACAUCACAGAAAGAGAGUACCACGGCUGCCUGCAGCUGGACAGCCCCACACACCUCAACAAUGGGCGCUACAAGCUCUCGGCCAAAAACAAAUUUGGGUCAGAUGAACGGGAGGUGAAGGCUCACUUCAUGCGCAAGCCCUGGGAUGGUGAGGAGCUCAAUAAGGAGCCUUACUAUUAUGAUAUAACCACAGAGGGCCCCCCUGUAGACCCCCCUGAAGACAGGGUCGCUGUGUACGUGGUGGUGGGCAUUGCUGCCGUCGCCUUCACCGGCUUCCUUCUCAUGUUGGUUAUUCUGAAGUUCGGAGGGAACUCCAAGUUCGGCAUCAAAGGAUCAUCUUCGGUGAUCAGUAACGAUGACGACUCGGCCUCUCCUCUUCACCACGUCUCUAAUGGCAGCAACACUCCUUCAUCUUCGGAGAUGGGCCCUGACGCGGUAAUCAUUGGCAUGACCAAGAUCCCGGUGAUAGAAAACCCUCAGUACUUCCGGAGCACGAACAGCCUGCUCAAGACUGACACGUUCGUCCAGCACAUUAAGAGACACAACAUCGUGCUGAAGAGAGAGCUGGGAGAGGGAGCCUUCGGAAAAGUCUUCCUGGCCGAGUGUUACAACCUUUCCCCUGACCAGGAGAAGAUACUGGUGGCCGUCAAGACCCUUAAAGAGGCCAGUGAAAAUGCCAGGAAGGAUUUCCACCGUGAGGCUGAGCUGCUGACCAACCUUCAACAUGAACACAUUGUCACCUUCUACGGGGUCUGUGUGGAGAGCGACCCUCUCAUCAUGGUGUUUGAGUACAUGAAGCAUGGAGACCUCAACAAGUUCCUCAGGGCUCACGGUCCGGAUGCAGUUCUGAUGUCAGAGGGCCAGACCACCAGACCUGUAGAGCUGACCCAGUCUCAGAUGUUGCACAUCGCCCAGCAGAUAGCAUCUGGCAUGGUCUACCUGGCCUCGCAGCACUUUGUGCAUCGCGACCUGGCCACGAGGAACUGCCUGGUGGGCGAGAACCUGCUGGUAAAGAUUGGAGACUUUGGCAUGUCCAGAGAUGUCUACAGUACGGACUACUACAGGGUAGGUGUCGGAGGUCACACCAUGCUGCCAAUCCGCUGGAUGCCCCCUGAAAGCAUCAUGUACAGAAAGUUCACCACAGAGAGUGAUGUCUGGAGUCUUGGAGUUGUUCUCUGGGAGAUCUUCACCUAUGGGAAACAGCCUUGGUACCAGCUCUCCAAUAAUGAGGUAAUAGAGUGUAUAACCCAGGGCAGGGUGCUGCAGCGCCCCAGGACCUGUCCUAAAGAAGUAUACGACCUGAUGCUGGGCUGCUGGCAGAGAGAGCCGCACAUGAGACUCAACAUCAAAGAAAUCCACGCUCUACUCCUCAAUCUGGCCAAAGCCUCACCUGUAUACCUAGAUAUACUGGGCUGA